AUGGCGAAUUUCUGGCUGCUUCGCAGAAGAAGAAGGGAAACACAUCGGAGAGAACGCGUUUUUCGGGACCGAACCAACCCUCUCGAGUAUCUUGAUGAUAUAGAUCUCGUAAGUAGGUAUAGGUUCCCGGGAAGAGUCAUUAUACACAUAAACAUCUUACAGGUACUCAUCACCUUAAGAUAUCUGUCAAAGGCGGACUUCUUUUCGGAAGUAGGCGACCUUCAUGGCGUUUCCAGAUCAUCCGUAUCCCGAGUAGUACAUACAGUGUGCAGUGCAAUAAAUACAACAGUAGACAACAUAAAGUUUCCAGUUACUGCCAAUGAAUUACGCCAUAUAAAAUCUGAGUUCUAUGACAUUGCCAAAUUUCCAAAUUGCGUUGGUGCAAUCGAUGGUACUCUAAUACCAAUUAAGGGCAUGAGUGGACCACAGGAGCCUGCCUUUGUAUGCAGAAAAAACUUUCAUGCCUUAAAUAUUCAGGCCGUAACUGAUUCCAGUAUGAGAUUUCUUCACAUCAAUACCUGUUUUCCCGGGGCAACUCACGACUCCUUCGUUUUGAGCAACUCGGGAUUGUCAGGUUUUAUGGAACAUCUCGAAGGGGGUGGGUGGUUACUUGGGGAUUCUGGCUACCCUCUAAAGGAAUGGCUCUUAACGCCAUUCUUAUCCCCAGCCAAUGAACACGAAGUGAAAUACAACGAGGCCCAUGCAAAGACUCCUGUUGUCAUAGAAAAAUCGUUUGGGGUAUUAAAAUCCAGAUUUAGGUGUUUACAUCGAACUGGAGGAGUGCUCCCAUUUUCACCAAAUAGAUGUUUUCAAAUUAGUCAAUGCUGUAUUCGGCUUCAUAAUUCAGCUGUUUCAGAGAAAGUCCCCUUACUUGAGGUUGUGGUUGUACAGAACAUCAAUGACAAUGCCGUGUUUAACGCAAACGCACCAAGGAGAGCACAGGAUGUGCGCAUUCAAGUUGCCAACUUAUUUUAA